AUGCUCUCAAAGACUCUUUUCGCCAUUAUGGCUUCGCUUUCCACGGCAUCUGCUGUUCACCAAGGUUUCAAUUAUGGUGCAACAAACGCAGAUGGGUCUUACAGAUCUCAAUCGGAUUUCCAAGAUGCUUUCGAGGUUGCCAAUGCUCUUGUGGGAACUUCUGGUUUCACCAGUGCCAGAUUAUACACCAUGCUCCAAGGUGACACUACCGGUCCAACUUCAGCUAUCCCAGCUGCUAUUGCCUCGGACACAACUCUUCUUCUUGGUUUAUGGGCAUCUGGUGGAGCGGCCGGAGUUACUGCUGAGAUCAACGCUCUCAAGGCAGCCAUCGAACAAUAUGGUACCGCUUUCACAAGCCGUGUUGUUGGUAUUUCUGUUGGAUCCGAAGAUUUAUACAGAAAUUCUCCAACUGGUAUCGCUGCCAAAUCUGGAUAUGGUGCCAACCCUGCCGACCUUGUCGACUACAUCAAACAAGUUAGAGCUGCAAUUGCCGGUACUGCUUUGAGUGGAGCUUCCCUCGGACACGUUGACACCUGGACUGCUUGGGUGAACGGAUCCAAUAACGCCGUUGCAGAGGCUCUUGACUGGGUUGGAAUGGAUGCUUACCCAUACUUCCAAGAUACUGAGGCAAAUGGAAUCAGUGAAGGAAAGUCUCUCUUCAACGCCGCAUUGGCCGCUACACAAUCUGCUACUGGAAAGACCGUUUGGAUUACUGAGACCGGAUGGCCCGUUACUGGUGCAACUGCCGGUGAUGGUGUUGCAAGCGCUGCCAACGCCAAGACCUACUGGGAUGAUGUUGGAUGCCCUAACUUCGGAAAGAUCAACACAUACUGGUACACUCUUCAAGAUCAAAACGCUGCUGGUUCCGUUUCCCCAUCAUUCGGUAUUGUUGGUAGCACCUUGAGCACUACCCCAUUGUUCGAUCUUAGCUGCUCCAACACUACAUCCACCAGCUCCUCAUCUGCAUCUGCAUCUGCUACCAGCGGUCUUGCAUCAUCUCUCGCAUCUGCCGCUACUGGAGGAGCUAUUGCUUCUGCAGGUUCUGGUCUCUCUCCUUCAGGUAUGGGAGCCGGUAUCUCUGCUGUCUCGGGUGCUGCUUCCCCAACUGGCACGGCUUCAUCUGGUUCCCCAGCUGGUGGAUCCUCCAAUGGUACUUACACUGCUUCCACUCUCCGAUCAUCAGCUGGCUCAAGCGCCACUGGUAGCUCCACUUCAGGAUCUGGAUCAUCCGGAUCUUCUGCUGGAUCUUCCUCUGGAUCCUCAUCCUCUUCCCCAGCUGAAUCCACAGGUGGUGCAUCAUCCCUUACCGGAUCUGUUGCUCUUGCCCUUGGAGCCGUCUUCGCCAUUGCAGCUGCUUUGUAG